CGUAGCGAGCGGAUGCACUUUGUCGGUUUUUCCUCAACGUGCGACGGCGCUUUCCGGUGGCAGCAGGGAGUACCUUGCACAGUGUAGAGUAGGACAGUCGGGCAAUCGAACUGCGUGAUUGUGAGUUCGCGAAUUUCGGAGAAGAUCCCAGAACGUUCACAGUGUGUAGUGUUCGGGGGCGUAUUUGGUCGCAGAAGGACAAGGACAUCAGUUUGAUGUUUAAUCUGUUUCGGUGGAAACGAAGACAGACCGGUGGUGAGAACUAGAAGCAGCAAGUCGGGAGGGAGCAGCGAAUGAAAGAGAGACUCUCCCGAAAGGUGAGCAGUACCAGUGCGUGGUUGUGUUGUUUUUCUUUUUUUUCGGUGAAAUGGGAUGUAAGUGGAGCAAAAAGCUAAUUAUCGCUCUGUGAGAAAAGGUGUCGCUGAAAACGGGCCAUUGUGAAGGGGAUGGCUUUGGUUUUGUCAUAAUAAACGGGAAGGAAAUCCUGAUAGAGCAAGUGUUUACGUGCGUGAGGAGAAAAACACCCACCUAACCUGGUUGGUUUCGCUAACCGAAGUGUGAGAGCAGGUGGCUUCGUUUUCCGGUGUGGGUGGUGGCAGUUCGAGUUUGGUGUGUUCGGUGUUUGAUCGUAGGCCUACUUGGAAUUCUCAGUGUACGCGGGAAAUCAAAAGGUUCCAGGAGAUUUCUGUUUUGUGAAACGAUUCCUGAAAGUUGAAUUAUAACUCGGAAAAAAAUCCGGAAUACAAAUUGCUUUGUGAAUGGAUUAUCCUGGUAUAUCACAUAAAGAACAAAAAGGAUAGCAGAAGUCCAUUGUUACGGUAGUGCUCCGCUAGAAGCCGGUGUUCGUGUUUGGAUAGUGGUAGUGUAUGAAUCAGUCCAUGCAGUCGGAUUUAGUGGAUUGACCUUCAACUUAUUGAUUUUGGUUGCAUCACCAUCGCGUUUGCGUUUCCCGGAAGUAAAGAAAAAUUUCAAACAACUUCUCUAAAGUGUCAACUGGACUUUCCCAGUUCACCUUGUGCUAACCGGCAGAAUCGUAAAAUGCAGAUGAUUAUCGGUUUUAACGGUGAAAUUAAUGCACGCAGUGUGGAAUAAAGAUUCGGUAAAACGUAUAAUUAGUGCAAGUUCAUAACGGAAUAAUUGCUUUGCAAUUCAAUUCAAUUUGACGAUCGCAAAAUUAAAGUGUGCAAAGUUCUGCCAACAACCGACCAAAGGUUCUUGGGAAAAUAAAUACAACCCGAUUGUGAAGGAUAAAAGAGAUAAAAAUAUCAUUACCAUAUUCAUGAUUGACUGUGCCGGAUUGUAGCACUCGAAAAGCAUCGGAAAAUUAUUGUGCCACUGGAUUGUGUGUGUGAGGAAAAACACGAAAAAAGUUAAUUGAAAACAAAAAUAAAUAAAUAAACAAACUGUUUACCCGUGUGGAAUUCUAUCUGCAUUCGCUUCGGACCGAUCGAUUGUGGUUGCGCUGUGCUGAGCUCCUGUUUGGAUUACGUGAAUUGUGGACUGCAUUCAAGUUGUAUAAGCUAUUUAUAAGUAUUGUCUGCUCAUAUAUACGUACCGAAUUUGCUCCAACAAAUCGUGGCGGGCACACAAACAAACGAUGUUCACUAUGCGGAAAGAGAUCCCUAAUGAAGACUGAAACUGAAACCAAAAUUGCUUUUAUUUGGCUGCAUAAAACUUCAUUCUGAGUAACAAAAGCAAUUAGUUCAGCAAGCGCAUUACAACCAGCCAGCAGACACCGUUGAAACCAAAGGGAGCCAGUUACCGUAAUUAUUCGAGUUUAACAGUAGUACGGUUCUGCUGCAACGACAAUAACGACAAGCGGUCCUGGAUUCUGGGAAACAGCAGCAAUUCAAAUACGUACGUAUUGUAAACAAUCACGGACAACCCCCACACAGACACAAACUACGGACGGCUGCGAAGACAGCCUACAACUUUAUUACACCUUCCGUGCGACGUCGGCGUCGUCGUCAUCGUCCAGUUUAUGAAACAUUGAGAUCACCACGUGACGGAAAUCAACCAGAACUUUGCAACCACCAUGAAUAAUCCACACCCACACAACCGGAAGAACCUGAUGCCAAAUACGUAGCCGCAGACGAUGGCAGCGCCCGCAGUAUCUCUCAUCUCAUCAGGUUCAUUUAGAACUGUCUAAUCAGCUUUCCUUUUCCGCUGUGCGAACUCAUCCGGAAACGACUUAGCUCACUCAUCUGCGAAACGCCAUCAAAGUAAUUGAUUCCCUUCGAGAGUGUUCUGGAACUGUACCGACAAGAUACAUACAAGCUUUCAACGCCGGAGCUCAUCUUUCCGAAUCAAAGAAAAUGUCGAUCACCGGCUCACUGGUCGGCUACGAAAACAAUAACGAUGUCUCGAAGAAGAACCGCUCGUUGCUCAACAUAACGGCGACCUCGAAUGCAUCAUCCAAACAAUGUCAAAGCUUGAACACAAGCAUAUCGAACAGUGUGAUAACAACGGCCAGCAGCCAGUACCGGCACCGGAUGGACGGCACCGGCGACGGUUCCUCCGGCGGUGGCUGCAGCACCAAAAAGCCCCGUCGGUUGCACCUAAACACACUGUGGUCCGUGUGGUACGGCUUGCUCAUCACCCUGCUGCAGGGCUAUCUCGUACUGCAGGGCACCCACCGCUACCUGGGCCUUUCGGCACUGUCCUGGAAGUACGGCAAACCGACGAUCGAGUUGGACAUACAAAUAGUGUUCUGUGGAUUGGUGGUGUUGUUCUUGCCCUUGCUCCUAGCCGCCGCCAUGUUCCGCGUGGGGAAUCUCGCCAACGAUGGAAUCAAACUUGCGUCCGGAACCAGACUGUGCUCGUCGGCCCCCACCGACGGGCUAGAGGAGGAAGCCUUCGAGGGAACACUGCGCGCCCUGUGGAUCCACGGAGGACCGACAUCCGCCUUCAUACAUAUCAUCACUGCAAUCUGUCUUCUGCUGCCGAGGCUGCUUCUGGAGGCUAAAGUCAUCGAAAAUGGACUGCUACCAAAAGACGACAUCUGGCGAACCGAUUUGGACUUUAUGGUCACCCAUAGCGAUCGGUUGGUGGUACUAUCGUUCAUGACCUCUUCGUAUCCGAAUUCCACAGUCAAACCGUCUCGGUUUCCGGAUGUUACCAAUGAUGAUUACGACAGAAAACUGUACCGAAACGGGUAUUUCGAACAAAGUGAUCUGGUAGAAAAGUUUUCCGCGUACGAAGAGGAAGACGGGGACGAAGAGGAUGAGGACUACGAACCCUUCCGAACUCACGAGGCGCUGGAAGUGGAAAAGGAGCUUGCCCCAUCAUCGAUUUCUAUAUCUACAAUGGAAAAUUUUAACGUAAAUGUUUUGGAUAGCCCAACGACAAUGCACACGCUUCCACCGGUACGGAAUCUUCUGACGACUACCGUGGCACCCAGUACUACAACAACACUCGAAACAACAACCCCCUUUCCGUCAUCUACACGACCAACGACUACCAAGAAGAACAAAAAUGUUAACCACAACCGCAAACAUGCUAACAAAUCUCACACCAAUGGAAAUCGGAAAGAGAAACAACAUCACCACAAUCAUCAUCACCAUCAACAUCGACUGGAAGAUGUCGAUACCAGACUGGAGCUACAGCCACAAAAGGAAUUUGAUUUCGACGAUGCUGGAGAACACGAAAUAACCACCCUGUUUGAGGUAAACCAUAGCCGAAAAGUUCAACCGACAUCGAAGAAAAUUAGUGCAUCUACUACGUCUACCACAUCUACCACUGAUGAAACUAAACCGUCCACAAAAGGCAGCAUGAAGAAGGUAACUCCUACCAAAGACAGUAAUACACAUAUCAUCAAACCGGUGAAACUUCCGGAGAAUGUCAUACCAUCGACUCCGGUAACAACCAAUUCGAAGAUCAUCGAAAUCCGACCGAGCACCACAGGAGAAACCGCGAGGAGUACGCCUAAGAAGAUCAAACGUUUCACUUAUGAUAACUAUAGUAGUGAAAGUUUGGAGAGCUUGGAAAAUAUACCAAGCGUAGACGAAGAUGAAUUUAUUAUAAAAGAUGAAAAUGGAAUGGAAAUUCGGCCUGCAUUCCUAAUAGGAACCGUCCCGGGUAAUUUGACUACGAAACCAACUCAGCUAGAUAGGUUUGCCGGGUUCCUACAACUGUUCCUGAGAGUUGAUGAACAAUUCAAUUCCAAGCGUUGGACGGCGGUACCUAGCUUGGAAUUCAUAAAUCUGGCCAUUGCCCUGAUGGCGUGGGCCGUUCGAUACCCGUCCGUAUUUUGGCAUACCUCGAAACUGUUUGCCUUCGUAUUUAGCUUGCAAAUGAUAGCUAACGGGUUGGAUAUACUUUUGAGUUUCACCGGAGCCAGCGUACUCUACAAAUUGCAGACUCUCGGUCAGGGACUACCACUACAAGCACCGGCUUUAAUUCUGAACGGAACGGUUACCAUCGCCUUGACCAUUCUGUCGAUGAUUCUGACAAUCGCCUCGUCGAUGGUUCUAUAUCUGUACGGUCACGGUAAACUGACCGUGAAGAUACGCGAUCGUCGAUUGAUUACCGAUAAGCAAAGCACCGAUGUGUGGGCUUACUUCGCCCACUGUUCGUCGUUGUGUUUCGUGUUGGCCCUGGCUGUGGUCAAAGCACCUCUUCUGCACGAUCUGAGCGCCGCCUAUCGAGGAAGCCUGGACGGAGCCGUGCUAUCUGCAGCACUAGGAUCGGUGAUUCACCUGUUCCUCUGGAUAGUCCUAUGGCUGUGUUUGACGGCCAAACGGCGCUGGCAUUUCAAGUUACCACCGCUGGAAGUUGUCGGAACUCGUGCCGGAGCCGCGCAACCAUUACUUCGUGCAGGCCACGGUGGUUCUCUGCUACGAUCACCACACGGAAAAGGACCGGGCGGGGAGGGUAACGGUAGCAGCGAGGAGGAAACUAUCUACUGGCCAAAAAUUGCUCCCAACUCUCCCAAGCUGAAAGUGACAUUCAACGAAGUAACCAGUACGUCAUCCGAUCAUACCCAUGGCGAACAUGACGGCAAGCGCUAUCCGCCCUGUGGAGCCACGUUACGUAUGUCCAGUGUUACGGGGGAAACUGAUGACGGAGACUACGCUACGCUAAGAGGACCACCCGGUGAUCUACUACAUAUGGGUGGGUACGAAGAUCAUCUACCUCCUCCCGAGGAACUACUAGUCAACACCGACCAUGCGGACGAUACUUCGGAGGAAGGUAAAUUACUCGCCUCAGUACGUGACGAUAGCGUUACGUAUGCAUCCACCCGAGAUCUGGAACCACCCAUUACGAGAACUAUGUCUCGCGAAGCAUUCAUACGAUCACCGGAACAACUAGCAAGUCCUCUAGCCCCCGUCUUCGUUACAGUACACAAUAAUGAAACUCCGGCACCCGGUUCAACACCACGUUGCUUGCGCCGAGCCGAUUCCGGUAUGCCCAAUGAAGCUCUAACCCCACGAUCUGACACGACUUCAACUGAGAGUUCAACUUCGCCACCCGAUUGUCGUGAUGCUCCGUCGGAGACCUCCAGCGGGGUACACUCGGGUGAAGAGCGCGAUGAAGUGGUGAUCCGGCCUCGAUCGGGUCCCUACAAAUCCAUCAUCAAACCUCCGCCUCCGGCAAUUCAAGAGGAACCGUUUGGUCGCACAACGAAUAUGAAAAUGUCUAGCUUCAGCAAAGACGCAUCCAGUGCGACACUUCCUCUGACGCGAGGUUCCACGGACAACCACCAGUCCUAUCCUCAGUGUAGUACGAUGCCACUUCCAGCUGGGUAUCACAACCAACACCACCAUUAUCACUCGCAGUCUUCUUUCACACCACCCAAUUCUUCCUCUCGACAUCAGCUUCAACACACAACCCUUCCCAAUGGAGUUCGCUAUUCGUCCAAUCAGUUCCUGAAACGAAUGCCGUACAUAAAAGCAGCCGAAUCACCGUACGGUCAUCUCGGACUGGGUAGCGGUCAUCACACCUUUUCCAAACUUCUCCACGAUCCUCUGGGUAUGCCCAAUCAAUCACCACCCACACACUCUCAGUCAAGCUAUUGCAGUUUCAAUCCCGUUCCACCGAUUCCCGAGGAUCGCGAUUCCGCCAAUUACUCAAUGAUCUCCGAUCAGGACCGGGAAAUGUACAUAAACGUAGCGCAGGUUAAUUCGCUGCAACUGCAAAAUUAGGUCGGCAUAAAUCAAACCAGCAUAAAUUGAUAAUUAAACAGAUCGAGGGAAACAGUAAGUCGCGAUAAUGGUCCCACUACGAUUGUAACUAUAAAUCAUGUAAACAUAUUAGUGUAGAAAAUUUGCCAUUCGACGCGCCUUCUUUUAAUUAAGUUUUAUCGAAUAAAUAGGUUCUCUUUUUGAAAUGAACGAAGCAGUAGGAGGGAGUCGCACAAUUAGUUGUAGAAGACCGAUAAUUUAGUUGAAUUGAUACUAGGUUUGUACAUUAGUUUUAUCAAAUCAAGCUCUACGAAACCUGUAAAUAUUAGAGCUAUUGGAAACUAUUCUACGCAUUCUGUCAUCAGCUGCAUCGCUUUUGGACCAUGGACUACGGAUACCAAACCAAAAACCUACAUCGUUCACAUAUGCGCUUGAAAUCUUACUGCUUUUGCUUAGCUCACUGAAAACUUGAAUUCGCGAACGCUGAUAUCCAAAUGAGAAUCACCCAAAAAGAAAAGAAGGUUUAUCAUUCAUCGUGUAGUAGAUUAUAACUUUUGUAAUUCGUAUCCCGUUCAAAUUCCAUUUUUUUAUUUAUUCCUAUCAUCAUCAGUCAUCGAGUAAGCGACUAGUUUCUUCGAAACAUGAAACUAUUAACAGCGUGAGUUUCACUUAUUUGGAUCCAUUUCAACAACCUACUUCUACAACUCGCCUAUAUAUAGCCUUGACAACCGAUUAUAAUCUUCCAGUGAAGUAAAAUAUCUGACAUCACUUCCACUCUGAAGCAGUGCAGUAAACAUUCAUUCAAUUCAAUUGAAACCGAAUGUGAAACACACUGACGCUCUCUCUAAACUUCACACUCUGACGCACACAACGUUCGCUGACGUACCGAACCAGUAGCAUUCAGUUCUUCAAUCGAUUCUCUUGAAAUCAAAACUCAGUUUAACCACCUUCAGUUGAUCUCUUGAAGUAACAAAAUAUCUCUUUCAAUGGCGUUAGAGCGGCCUUCAAAUGAGUUUUAUGUAAACAUUCGAAUUGGUUCCAGAUAAUAGAUGAAAGACGAACCCGGUAACUGAAAUAUCAAUUGCAGAAUACACAUAAAUCAAUAGUUUCCUCCUUCAGUUUUCAUUUUUAAUACUUUACUCCAUUCAUAAUUCUAGUUCAUUCGAACUUGCUUACUACCAAGAGUGAAGACUAUGAAAGAGCUAGACCACUUUGCACUUGAAACUGAGCAAGCAAAACUUCAAACGACUAGAUACGAUUAUUCAACUGACGAUGAAUUCUGGGAGCUCCACUUAAAAUACACACAAAAUUCCAUUGAAAAAGAGCCGAGAAAAUAAGCAAAAAUUUUGGUUUUGCAUAAUGUUCCUCAUCGUUAUCCCCUUUUCGUUGUGUUUUGCUCCAAUGCAAACGACCAGCAGUUGGAUGACACAAUCGCUUUUGUUUGAAUAUUGACGCUUAACCUUUUAAAACUAGCCAGGUACAAGAAAGAUGUCAAUUUUUUAGUAUGAUACUCAUUCAUACAAAACAUUUCUGAAAACUUUAAUUUUGAAUUAUUUGUGAUUAUGUCAUAAAACUGAAAAAGCUAUCAAAAAUUGAAGAUCAUAUAUCCGAUGGCAUGUAGCAAAAACUAUGUUAAAUGUAACGUUAAAUACAACAAGAGAUACUCAUGAUCCAAAAUUUAUCACUUUCUCAGAGUGUAAAUUUUUAAAUCGCACCCCAUAGUAACGUAAUCCGUAUUCACGACAAAAUUGUUCGAGCCUGUAUAUCUGUUAUCGUUGGCUAAAGGGUUAUUAACAGUUAUGAUCCAGUCGAAAUCUGCUCAGUUACCAGAACUGGUUUGAAUCUGCUCGAUAUUGACAAUGCUUUCUUGUUUCAAUAUAUUUUAGUUUUCUUAUUUCAAAACAUUACUGGUAAGCAUUUUGGCAGUAGGUAGAAGCUGGGCUGGAUUCGCACAGCUGUAAAUUAAAAAUUCUGAAGAAUUGAGUCAUUCUCCUUUUCUAUAUUUAGGAUUAACCAUUUAAAAAUUUCUAAGACUUUGCACUGUUCUUCAAUGGGAAUUUUUUCAAAUAUAAUUGGCAACAUAAAUGUAGAAUUGAUUGAAAUCAGUUUUGCCAGACUUAAAUUUUCACAGGCCGUAAUUAUUUUUCUGAUUAGUUUAUGUUCCAUUCCCUUUGAUCGAAACAAACCUGUCAGAGUGAGUUUUGAUGCGAUGUCCUCUUACUUUGAAAGAUUUCCUUUCAUCAAAUGCAACUAGAUCUGACAGCUGACAGCACCAUUAAAAUGACAUAAACUCUUACCAGCCUCAACCUAAUUUCGGGUCGAAACUAAACAAAAAUCAACUGAAGUGCAUCUCCGCACUUUUAGGUAACUAGUGAUGACCUUAAUAUUUAGAUAAAUAUAAGAUUGCCCAAAAUGUUGCCAUGGCAACUUGAGCAAUGUUCGCUACCUAUUUUUUACGAUCAAGUAAAAGUUUGAGUAGACAACGACCUAAUUUUGGGUAGCUGAUAGAAGAGCUCGACAAUGAGCGAUUUCUUCUCAAAAAAUAGGUAAACCCGAUUUUCAGUUCAUGAUUAGCGUAAAGGGUGUGAACCAUUUCGUGGUUAAUUUUAACUUUUGGUUAAAAUCUGACACUUGAGUGGUUAUUUUGUGUCGAGUAGUAGUUAUUUUCCACUGGAAAUAAUUUCAACUAAAGUAUUAAUAUUAGAAUUUUCAUUGCAAGAUUUUUUUCAAGUGUCGGAAACUAACCAUCGAUCUUUCAAAAAUAACCAUGCUCUCGAGUAGUGUUAUUUUUGACAACAUUAAAAUAACCACUCGAGUGCAAGAUUUCAACCAAAAGUCAAAGUUAACCGCAAAAUGGUUCACAGCCUUAGUAGAAGAUUCCAAUUGACCAAUCCACGCGCGAAUGUGUUAGUGUCCUUAAUACUGGUGUGAGUGUACCAAAGAUACCCAAAUAAUUUUGUCGAGCCCCAUAGGGCCAAUUUUUGAAGGAAUAUUUGAAACGAAUGCCUAGAAAACAGAUAAUAUAAUCAUAAAAAAAGACUUCAACACGUAAUAGAACUGAUUUUAUCUUGUUUCAAAAGUUCUAAAUUAAUGAGAACGCUUUUUUCGCAGUGUUUAAUGAAUGAAUUUUAUAAAUGUUUUUCGUCAGUGUAAGAUUCAACCCCGAAAAUCACUUUUCUGACAGCUCAAUUACAACUGCAAAUUUCGAUUGAUUUUUCAAAAGGGCGUAUAAGCAAGUGAAGUUUCUCUUUCAUCACUCUCGCUUUCGAUUAUUGUGAUGUGAUUGAAAAGAUUUUCUUUGAUAUCACUAUUCUGUUUGAAAGUCGAAAGUUUCGGGUAUCAUUUCAUGCAUAGAGUUGAGUGAUAAACGUGGAAACCGCUUGAUAAUUAAUAGAAGAGAAAGUAAACAAAGAGAAACUGUCACUUGCUUAUACGCCCAUUUGAAAAAUUAACCGAAAAAUGCAAAUGAGAUUGGUUUGUUUCCAUUAGGAAACGCCUGUAUUAAACACGAUUCAGACGAUCAAUCGGUUUCGGUAGACGUCAAGAUUAAUUUAAUAAAUUUUUAGCGGGAUAUUACUCACGUACCCGACUUCGAAAUCUUCCGUGAACUUGACGUUGUGUCCCUUCAUAUGAAUUGCUUAGAAUUAUUGUUGUUGUUCCGUAACCGUUCCAUGCCUUGUGGCCACAUGUGAAUCGCUCUUACAUAUUGUUUUGUUUUAAUCAGGAAAUAUAUUCACAGACUAACAGACAUGACAGUAUGAGUAAAUUGUUAUAAAAAUCAUUUUUCGUGAUGCACUAGUUCCACCUAUAUUGUACUGCGCGAACUAUUUACUAUCGGUACACCCCUUGUGUUACGUAAAAGUUUUUUUACUAGUUGGUUUCCCCUCGUUUGUCAACACCGAUCAGCUGCUUACAGGGUUGCCUGAUUUCAUCAAAAUAUUUGAUAAUGAAUCGUCACAAUAAAUUAUUGGAGUACGUUGAUAAUAUAUUUAACUUUUUUAGCGAUGUUGGAAAGUAAACAUUUAUUUUACUCAACGUUGUUCAUUUAGACUAUUUUUGAUUGUGUUGGUAAUUUUCACAAUUCUGUAUAUAGUUUUGGCAAUAUGUAGGGUAACAGAGGUAUUUUGGCCCACUUUAGGAUUGAUUUUAUUUUGGCCCACUUUAUAAAAAUAUCCACCAAAUGUUGUAAUAUCUUUAAAAACCCCUUCCGCAAUAGGUAAUUUAAUGUGAAUAGCUUCAAAUUGAUGCAAAAUGAGUUACUUAACAUCGAUAAAAUCCGAUGAAAUCGAUGAAGUUUGAUAGGUGGGCCAAAAUAUAUGAAGUGGCCAAAAUACCUCUGUUACCCUAAUUAAUCUGUAUCCUGCAUGAAAUUCGCAUGGAGGUAUACAAAUCAAUACAUUACAGGUAAUUCUGUAUGAAUGGCAACUCGGUUGGUAAAUGAAAAAAAUAAACACAGUCUAGAUGACAGACAGGAUGUAUUUGAUAGGGUAACGUGGCGCCAUCAUGACAUAUGUGAGUACUGUCCCAACUAAAGGAAUAUUCGAAAUGACCGUUUAUAUGGUUAAAGAAUCUAAUUUGAGUGUCCUGUCUGUUAAUCUGUGAUAUAUUGGCCACCAAUUAUUACUAGGAUUGUCGUUCUUUUUUAACCGUGCAUAGAAACCUCAAUAUCAGUAUACAAUGCAUCGGUGUAACGUAACAGAGACGUCAAAUUCAGCUACUAGAAGUUGCAUAUAGGAGAUCUAUAAUAGAACUGAAACCGUUUUAGUUUGGUUUAUUCGAAUGAUUCUGUCAAAUUUAAAACUGACAUACCGUUCUAUUAUUGUCAUUUUUGCUGCAUUUGAAACACGAGCUGAAGCUGCCAGUUUUGCUGUUUAUUAUAUUCUGAUUUAAAUUUUAAACCUGACUUUAACUAUGCAUCUAGGACUAUAACAAUAUUGAAUAUGCCCCAAGGUUUGUUAAUUUUUUCUACCCUGUUGCUCAAAUUAAAACACUCGAUGACUGCUUUCUUCGUUCUAUGCAAAUGGUAAAACUUUUCAGCACUGUUUUUUUUUAUUUUGUAUUUAAUUUUCCCAAAAAAAAACUUGCUUAAAAAGCAUUCCAUUUAGCUUUUUUGCUUAAAAAGCAUUCCAUUUACGAAACAUGACCACACGAUCUCUCGGUUUUAAGGUUUUACUCUUACAGCAUGAUUCAGGACGUCGGAAACAAUGUUUCCAGUAAACAACUUUGCCAUGUAUUAUGGAGUAUUAUUUUAGUUACGAAAAAUUACUUUUUUGAAACCGGGGUACUCGAAAAAUGUUCAAUUUCUCAACAAAACUGUUUCAUGUUUCACAAAACUGUUUCAUGUUUCACAAAACUGAAUAAUUUUCAAAUUCAUAACUUAUUCAAUUCAUUUUUUAAUUUAAUAUUGUUAUUUUAAUAAACCAAGUUGCUCAACAUUUCAUUUUCCAUCGAAAAUUAGGUUUCACUCACAAUACCAUUUUCACUUCUCGGUCAAAUGAUACCGAUACAUAACGUGCACUUUUCACCAACAACUAAAUCCACCAUACAAAAACCAAAAUAUAAACUAAAUCAAUGUAACGUGUGUGACAAAUUACUGAAAAAAAAGAAAAGAAAGCAUAUCCUUAGAGAAAAUAUUGCAUAUCUAAAGAAAAUGCACUAACAAGCAGGAACAAAUAAUGGCUAACAGAAAGAAAACCUAAUGGAAGGGAAAUUUGAGAAAAAAAAUAUUUAUUCAGAACACACAGAUUUAUGCUAACCGAAGUAAUACCAAGAUCGAAAUGUACAUCUAAUCUAUACCGACCAGGCUAUGAAAACAGAACAGGAAAAGAAAUUAACAUCCCCAAACUCAAGACAUAGUGUAUUUUAAAAGAUAAAUGUUAGUUUUAAUUUCUGAAACAUUUAAAAUACAAAAACCAUUUGUAAAAACCAUGCCAUGAUCAGUGUAAUGCAAUAAAUUCAAGACUCAUUUGCAGCAAAACAGUAUAUAUAUCGUAACCACAGGACAAUAUAACCAUGAGACAGAAUUUUACACACAAUUAGACCCUAUUGUUUUACGGCAAGACACCAGCAGUAUAUUAGAGAGAGAAAGAGAGUAAAAAAUAGCAUCAAGCUAGAAACAGUGUCAACCAACACCAUCAUGUCGUGUAGGUGCGAUCCCCGCGUCCACCGCUCGGGGAUAGGUGUAGUUAAAAUUUACAAAUUUGUAAGAAUGUUUUACACCGCUAUACAGUAGUCCACAAAUAUGAAUUGUACCGAUGGGAGCAUCAAUACAUAAAUAAAGGCAAUUUAAUCGUGCGAAUUAUUAAAAGGCUUUCGGCAACAGUGAAAUUGCUAUCUGCUUCUAAUUUCUAUAUACUUAUUACUAAAAAUUAAGUGGAACUAAUUCGUCAUAUUUCAAAUCUGCAAGGUCAAUAGCUAUGAAUCGAUCGAAGGAUGCGAUAAAACAAAGCAGAAACAAUUCUGGUGUAAGAUAAAUAAACUAAUGUCGUUUUCGUUUUUAAAUUGCACUACACCGGUGUAGCGAAAGCUGCACUGAAACCGUUCGUUUUUGCCAAUUGCACUACACCAGUGCUACACUUUUUCUGCACCGAUACCACUGGUGUAGCACUCAUCAAAAGUUUGGUGUAGCUCUGUGCAAUGGAAUCGUUUAUUGUAGUCAAUGGUUACUGUUUAUGUUUUCGUCAGUUUUGUUCGUUUAUGCAUGCCUCAGUGUAGCACUGCACCGGUGUAGUGCAAAUUAAAAACGAAAACGCCAUAAAUGAAAUUACUAGAUAUUAUUAUUAUUCUUUAGCUGAAUUGAUGCAGCGUCUGAUCUUCUGUAAAGCUUAUUCAAAAUUAUUUAUCGGUUAGCUGUAACGAAUUGGAAAAUAAACGAAACUUAGUUGAAAACAUCAAAUAACCAAUCGGCAAUUUUACAUUAAUUGAUCCUAAAUUUGUCCUAACGUCGUCAUCCCUGCAGAUCUGCUAGUUACGAUUCGUAAGGAAAGCCCAAAGACUGAAUAGCUAUAGCAAGUGAUAAUGUUAUGCACAAGCUUUUUUCAUAUCUCACAGCACGAUUUUCCUAAUCGUUAUAAACAUUUCUCGGUUUCUAUCCCGAAUAGAAUUUAAUAAUAUCAAAACUAAUAUUUUGAGAAAAACGUACCGCUGAUUUUGCCGUAAAACCAUUAAAUAUUACAAAAACGAUACUGUUCACUUCGCUUUUCUAAAAUAAAUUAUCAGUUCCCUAUUUGUAGAGUUUUUAGUUCCAUCAUUGUUUAACUUUGAAUAGAACAUUGAAGUAAAAAAAAAUAAGCGUGUGAUUUGUAGAGAAAUUAUUGUUUUUGCUUACUAUUCGGGGUACUACCAAAUUAGCAUCAACAAUUUAAACUGUACUACCUAGCAAAACGUUAAACCCAACGCUGCCUCUUAACACGGCUUUUGCAAAUAGGUAACGCAUAUAAAUUAAUUCAGAAUCCGUACAUAUAUUUAUUAAAUGGCAAACCGUACGUUCUGACAAGCUUGUAGCAUAUUUAAUAAAAUGUCGCUAUCUUUAUCACUGUUUAGAUCUCUAAGGAGUCUCAUAUAUCCCAGAACCCAUCAUUCCAAGGCAAAACAAAAACAAAGAUAUAGUACAUCGUGUAUUUAAACCAAUAAAAACCACCGCUUUAAUGUAA